UACGAACAGUUUACUUUUGUUCUCCAAGCAGUCUGCUUUAGCCGGUGGAGGUCGCAUGUGUAGCGGGAGGCAUUCCGGUGGUGGAAGUACUUUCUUCCAUCAAGAAUGCGACUACGGAGCUCAGUAAUAGAAAACUAUAGCUAGCAACAGUAAGUGUUAUUUUUGAAACGGCAAGGUCGCGAUCUGCACAUACAAGUAUUGGGAACGGGAUCCUUCGAAGUUUUGUUGUCAUAACGAGGGGGUCCCAUCACAUUGGAACAGAACACCAUCAGGACUCCGGCUGCCCACGCAGACGCAGACGCAGCCGCAGACGCCCAAGCAGACGCAGCGGCCCACGCAGACGCAGACGCAGUCGCAGACAGGAGGACGGCAGAAUGGCUGCCGACCCACUGACCGAGCCCGGCAGACUGGACAGGAGCGGCAGCUUCUUUAAGCUGAUCGACUCGUUCGCCUUGGAGAUCGGGGAGCUGAAGCAGGAGAUGGUGCAGACGGCCGCGCCCUCGGACCGGGGCCCGGACGCCGAGGUCCUGCAGGGGUUGGAGGGGGAGGUGAGCGGGGUGUACCUGCAGUCCCCCCCCUGCACGGGCUCGGUGGGGGUGCGGGACUCCGGGUACGACUCCCUGCGCAGACGCAUGAGCGUGCUGGACCGGCUGACGCAGACGCACCCCGUCUGGCUGCUGCUGUCGCUAAGCGACGAGGAGGCUGCCCGGAUACUGCUGCGGCAGCCGCCGGGGAUGUUUUUGGUGAGGAAGUCGUCCAAGCUUCAGAGGAAGGUGCUUUCCCUGCGCGUCGACGAUGCGUCUGGGCCUCCAGUCUGCGACUUCCCCAUGAAGGAGAGCCAGUACACAUUCUCUCUGGAGGGUUCUGGCAUCAGCUUCGCGGACCUCUUUCGCCUGGUGGCCUUCUACUGCAUCAGCAGGGACGUCCUGCCUUUCACCUUGAGGAUUCCGGAAGCCAUCGCUGCGGCCAAGACCCAGGCGGACCUGGAGGAGGUGGCCCAGCUGGGCGCAGUGUUUUGGGACUCCCCCCUGUGCAGCCGGAGGAGGAGCUCAGGGUCCCUGCCCCGCACGGCGGUCCAGGGCAACGUACAGCUGAGACGCCCGCCGGAGGGACAGACGCCCCCCCAUCCCCCCCCCACGGCCCCGCGGCCCCGCACCCCGUCCCAGUCCAGCGGGGCGCUCUGCUUCGUCAACCCCCUCUUCCUGCAGGCCCACCGCGGCGAGGGGGACCCCAGACCGGCGGGGCCGCCCGGCGCAGUCGCCGUCACCCCCGGCAACAGCAGCGCCAGCAGCGGCGGGAGCCAAACCGUCAGGAAGCUGCGCCCCCCUCCACCCCGCCCGCCGCCCCCCCGCACGCUACCCCGCCGGCCGCCCCCCCCGCCCAAGCAGAGGAGCAUGCCUGAAGCGACCGGCUGGGCCAGGCACCAGCCCGAAAAUCACCAGCAACAAGAGCAGCAGCCACAAAAUCAGCAGCAACAGCAACAGCCACAAAACCAGGAGCAGCAGCAGCAGCCCCUACAAACACGCCGAAGCUUCAUGGGCUCCAAGCUCAGCGGCCGCUCCUCUUCCUCAUCCUCCGCCUCGUCCUCCCCGCCCAAAAAGGUCAGCGCGCCCAUCCCGGUGCCCCCGCCCCGCAUGAAGAAGCAGGUGAGCGCCCCCGACCUGGACGGGCACCGCUGCCAGAUCGCCCUGGAGGACCAGACCAUCGAGCAGGCCCUGUCCCGCAGCCGGGCCAAGGUGCUCCUCAGGGUCCCCGCCGUGGACCACGGCAGCCCCAGCCCCCCCGGGGGGGGCGGGACGGAGCUGCGGAGAGCGGGCGGGGAGGGGGAGGGGGAGGAGGAGGAGGAGGGCCGGGGCGGGGGCCGGGGCCAGAGGCUCAGCGACAUGAGCAUCUCCACCUCCUCCUCCGACUCGCUGGACUUCACCCACGGCUUCUCCCUGCCGGAACCCGACCCGGCCGGCCGCCGCGACAGCAGCGAGGAAGAGGACGAGGAAGAGGAGGAGGACUACGGCGUGAGCGUGGAGAGCGACCAGGAGGGGCUCCACCCCCACCCCCCCUUCAACAAGUCCUUCAGGAAGCGGCGCGGCGGCGGCGGCGGCGGCGGCGUCGGCGGCAGCCCCGCCUUCAUCCUGCCGCAGGCGCUGAAGGGCCACCUGCGCAAGAUGAGCGGCGUCUUCAACUCCUUCAUGACGCCGGAGAGGCGGGCGGUGCGCCGCAUCGCCGAGCUGUCCCGGGACAAGGGCUCCUACUUCGGCUGCCUGGUGCGGGACUACGUGGGCUUCCUGCAGGAGAACGCGGGAUGUCACACCUCCGGCCUGGACCUGCUGCAGACGCUGCGCCAGUUCGUCACGCAGAUGAAGGCCUACCUGUGCCAGAGCUCCGAGCUGGACCCGCCCAUCGAGUCCCUCAUCCCCGAGGACCAGAUCGACCAGGUGCUGGAGAAGGCCAUGCACAAGUGCGUGCUGAAGCCGCUGAAGGGCGUGGUGGACGCGGCUCUGCGGGACUUCCAGGUGAGCAGCGGGGCGUGGCAGCAGCUGCGGGAGAACCUGGCGCUGGCCAAGGCCAAGCGGCCGCAGGAGCUGGGCGUGGACGGCGCCCUCCCGCCCGACCCCGUCGCCAUCGAGAAGAUCCGCCACAAGUUCCACAACAUGUGCAAGAUGUACUCGCCCGAGAAGAAGGUCACGCUGCUCCUCCGGGUCUGCAAGCUCAUCUACACCAUCAUGGAGGACAACUCAGGGAGGAUGUACGGGGCGGAUGACUUCCUGCCCAUGCUGACCUACGUCCUGGCGCAGUGCGACAUGCCUCAGCUGGACGCUGAGAUCCAGUACAUGAUGGAGCUGCUGGAUCCGUCUCUGCUGCAUGGAGAAGGCGGGUACUACCUGACCAGCGCGUACGGCGCCAUGUCGCUGAUCCGGAACUUCCAGGAGGAGCAGGCGGCCCGCGUGCUGAGCUCAGAGACCCGGGACACGCUGCACCAGUGGCACCGCCGCCGCACCGCGCAGCGCACCAUCCCCUCCGUGGACGACUUCCAGAACUACCUGCGCGUGGCCCUACAGGAAGUGGACAGCGGCUGCACAGCUAAGACGCUGCUGGUGCAGCCCUACUCCACCACCGAGGAGGUGUGCCUGCUCUGCGCCCACAAGUUCAAGGUGCCCGACCCCGAGAACCACGCCCUGUUCCUCCUGACGGAGGAGACCGGCCAGCAGCUGGCGCCGGACACGCACCCGCAGAAGAUCAAGGCGGAGAUCCACAGCCGGCCGCACACCCAGCCCUUCCACUUCGUGUACCGUCGCGUGCCCAACCUCAACCUGCAGGCGUCCGCCGACCAGCAGAACGGCAACCUGCUGCCCAACUGAAGCUCCGCACGGGCGGGGGGGGGGGGGGGCGGGGCUGCGGUCCCUAAACCGGGGGCGGGGGGGGGACUCUGAGGGCUGGUCCCGUUCCCCCCCCCCCCCAUGCUCACAGAACCACACCUGGCCAAGUCACUCCUUUCCAUAAUUACACUUGCCGUAUUUUGCGUUGUUUUUAUUUCUGUGAGCUUCAUCCAGAAACUGAAAAGUACGUUUGGUUGUCAAGACGAUGACGAGGAGGAGGAAGGAAGCAAGCAUCCAGGAACUGACCCCUCUUUUUUUUUUUCUUUUUGAGCGUGUCUUCAUUUUCGACUCCUCGGAUGUUGCACAGGAGGUCGCUGUAGGAGGAAGUGAGCUUGGGCACAUUAUGCCACAGGACGGAUAAAGGCUUCUCCAUUACAGAGCAGAAAGAGAUAGACCAGCCCUCCACAGCUAUCUCCAGCCAUAGGUUUACCUUACCGAUCUCAGGUGUCAAAUGGGAACCAUGUAGGGCUUGUGUGUUUGCGUGUGUGUUUGCGUGUGUGUGGGUGUGUGCGUGCAUGUGUGUGUGUUUGUAUGUGUGCGUGCAUGCGUUUGUGUGUGCAGUGAAGGGGGGGUCUGUCCCUCUUGAACUGGCCUCUGCUCUCCCUUCAUAAAUUCUGCCUCCUGUUUCCCAGACGACUGGACUCUUAAACGACUGCUGACCUGACAGAAGCAGGAAUUCCAGAAUGUUCUGCUAAGAGCACAGAUCAAGGAGCAUGAUGGGACUUGGUUAAGGACCCCUGCCCCCCCCCCCCCCCCCGCCCCUCCUGUCCACGUCUCACUCCAUGCUCAUCAGACUGACAUAGUCUUCCCCUCAAUACGCACCCACAGGCUUACAGACAUGUCAAAUAUAUAUGCUGUACAUAUUAACAGUAAAUAUUUUUAUCUAGCCGAUUUUUAAAAAUAAUAUUUCCUGUGUUGCAGUUGCUGGCUAACUGCGGGUUGUUGAUGGUGUAAAGUCUUUUUUUUAUAUUAUUAUAUAUGAAUAAGUUCAAUAUUUCUAUAAAUUCUUUGUUUGGAAAACCCCUAAGGAGCCAGGCGCUGCUGACUCUUAUUCACAAGUCCUUGGCGUGUGACUUCAUGCCAGUUACUCUAUCCCAGGGUUAUGUUCUUCAGAAUUACUAUUGAACUGAGAAGUCACACUUACGUCAUAUUCUGGUUCCUUAAUCCGGACUAUCUCAAUCAGUCCUCACAUGUUUAUGGGGAGGAAAAGCAUGUGUUAAAAAAUGACUUGGUGGUCAGAGGUUUCAUCGUGUGUUUAGCCAAUCAAAGCCGAGCAUGGAAUUAAACUACUGAGAAAACACAAGUGCUUCUUCAACCGGCAGACCUGGUUUCUGUAGGGUUAUGGUCCACUUUUUUGCUGGUCUUAAAAUGGACAGGUUGACACAUUCAUUCUCCAGAAGGGGACACAUUCAUUCUCAUCCUCAGGAUGUUUUACACUAAGAUAUAGAAAUACUAGAACAGUCCAAGAGGCCAUAAAAUCAUCUUUUUUUCUAUCCUGAAAUCAAAACGAAUUGUUUGUCAACGGGGAAACUGUAGAAAGAUUGCAUAGCGAAAUUAAAUUGAUAUGAUCAUGUUUUUUUUUCAGUACGUUUGUAUGAAUUCUGUGACUGUAGCCCUGGGCCAUGUGAUGGAAUUUCCGAAAGGUUCUGGAAUUCCAUUAUGGCGUUGCCAAGUGCGAGAAGGUUCCGUCAAGUGUCUGGUGGAAGAGAAGGGAAUUUUGACGCGUGAAGUGCAGUAUUUAGCAAAGUAUUUUAAACGCAGCCAUACGUUUGUCACAGACUGUAAUAACAGCUCAGCUACCGAAGUUGUUCCACUGUUUUGUCUGCCAAAAGCGUUGUACAACUUGCCUCCAUUUCCUGGUUGAAGUUUUACGUGUUGGUGGAACGUCUUCAUUACAACGAGUUAGCGCAGGGCUGCUAAUUUAGACGGCACUUAAAUAUUCAUUUUAUAGCAAUAAUAAUAUUGUUCGUGUGAGACAAAAGUCUGGUGUAUUGCUCUGUGGAACAAUGAUUUAAAACACUAAAAUAAAGCCAAAUCUGUAUUUUAGCUGCAGGCUCUGGUUAAAUGUACGUUUGGUCCUGGAAAGCUUGCCGAUCGUGACGGAGAGGAAAGAUACGGGAAACGCGUUUUGAGAUGAAUGUUUGAAACGGAGAGACAAAGGGAAACACAACGAGAGCCACAACAGGGGGCACUACCCUUAUCUUUAUUUUAAUUGUGUUCACUGCAGAAACGUCCGUCUUAACAAGUGUUUUAGUCUUGUAGCGAGACUGAAAAUGUAUUUUUCUUUCUCUCUCAAAUAGAAAAUAUUACUAUUUGCUUGUCAAGUGAAAUUGUCGUACCCCAUUGGCAAAUUCAGAUAGGAGUCAAACUGUCUCACCUCAUGUUUUCAUCUUAUUUAGAAAAAAAAAAUACAAGAAUAGAAAUGCAGUUUUUUAGUUGAAAUAUGACUAAAAUACUUGUUAACAUUGUCUUUUUUUUUUUGGUUUUUGCAGUGUUGGGGCACCCGUUAAGUUUUGAUAUAAAUAUCAAAAAUAUGUCAACAUUUUGAAUGCAUUAUUAUUAUUAUUAUUUAGAUUUUUAGUACUGUAUGUAACUGUCAUUUUAAUAAAAUGAAAUUAUAUCUGUUAAAAAAGAAAUGUAUUUAUGUAGUCUGUGCAGGGAUUUUCACAGAUCACUUUGUAAUUGUUUUCUUUUUACACCUGAGUGUAGUAUACUUUUUUUUAAAUUUUGAUUUCCAAAAUCACAAGCCAUGUACUUGUUUUUACUACGUAGAUCAUCUCCUGUGUUAUUGUGUAAUCCUUCAAUGAUUUCAUUUUGCACACAAUAAAUAAAUUGUGGCGACGUA